UUGUUACGAUAACGUCGUCCAUCAUUGUCGGUUUCGGGUAAAACCUCUCGCUAGCCAUGUGGCCGCCAUUGCAUUGACUGUGGGGGGUGGGAUGAGUGUGAUUGAAACGGAUGACCCUCGUCUGGUGCUCUGUUCGAACUUGGAAAAGUGUUAACCGACGUCGAUGCCUACCUGUCUGGUUCGGAUCGCGACGUAUUCGACGGUGCGUGAAUUGUGACCGUCGCUGGUGGCAGUUUGUGAUGUGCUGGUUGAGGAAUUUCGAAUAGUUUUUUGGUUGGUUAACCAUUAACGGAACGAUUCGGUUAAGAUGUUUUAUUGAACUGUGGCGAUGAAAGGAUAAUCGCUUGGCAUGAAACACCUCUACGGAUGCAAUUUUAAUUAGUGAUUGUCGUGUUAACAUGGGUGAAUAUUGUGAUAUUGAACUGUCGUUUUGGGGGUAUCCGGAAAUUAAAUCAGUCCACUCAGUAGCAGCUGAAAAAUCAUCUCUAUCGAAGUGUUACGUGUUUACUAUUAAAAUAAUUAUUGAACAGUAUAAAAUCAUAGUGUAACACAUGUUUUGGGGGUGUUCAUAAAACCUUUGACUCUUAUUUUUUAUAUUAUAUGAAAAAGUGGCAUUGCUAGGAAAAGUGAACACUAAACGUUCAGUCAGUGUGUAAAAAUUUAGUUUGGUGGUACAGAGCACCCCCAAACUUGUCGAUGUUUACGAUAUUAAGGCAAUAUAAAACAAUUGUCAACAAAACAAUCAAAGUAUGAUCCCAAAUAAAAGCUCUCUAGCUGCCAGCCAGUUAAACGUAAGAUUGUACUAAAAGUUCAACCACACAGAUGCCACCAUAAUCGUAAACCUGUGCACCAUUGCAGCACUAGUGCAAGGACACAGUUGUUAUCACAUCACUAACUCCCACACAAGACGUUUUCGAGGAUAGCACACAACGAAAGCAGCUCGAAUCAUGAAUACCGCCAGCAGCUUUUGGGGUACGUUCGAUAUGCUGAUGGGCCGGGAGGCACGGAAAAAAGGUGGCCAGGAUGCGCUCAAGGUGGCCCACUGGGUGACGGCGUACGCCGGUGUGCGGAAACUGCCGGAAUCGGCGCCCGGUGACGGCAGUAGCAGCACCGUCGGAGGUUUCCAUUCAACAGGCAGCGAUGGAUUCACUGGUCUUUCCAACGCCACCGGUGGUACCGGCUUUCCAUCGAUUUUCCAUCAGCAGUCAGCAGCCGGUGAUGCCAAUCAGCUGAUCGUGCCGGUACCCGGACAAAACAAAACAUCAACGGGCAGGGGGGCGAAGGCACGCGCCAAAAAGCUUCGACUGGUAAAACAGCCCUCGAGCAAACAGCUGAACGAUGGGGAAGUGCUGCCAGAGGAGUAUAUGGGACCGAGGAUAGAGUACACUGUGAACCUCCCACGUGUGACCGCCCAGUUGGAGAAGCUGAUGGGGACUAAUGUUGUACGGUUGACGGACCGGAAGUACAUGCAGGACCUGCAACGGCGCAUCCAGGAAGAUUACAAUGUCACCCUGGAGAAACGGAUCCACGAAAGGGAGGCAAAGGAACUCGACAGGGAACGUAGUCUAAUUCUGUCGGGUGCUGGUGAUGCAAUUCCCGAGGAUUUUAACAGCUCCGUUUUCAACGUAAAUAAGAAAACUAACCUUCAGGUUUGCAGCAGAAGAGAAAAGCUCAAGACUAUUCGGGAGAAGAAUGCCGAACGGUUGAUCAAGCAGGGCCUACGCUGGGAACGGGAGCGUCUCCAGAUGGAGGACUACAACCGGCAGCAGGAAAUCGAACGACGAUCCCGGCGGGAAGCUCUGCUGGAGAAGGAGAAACUCUACAUGAUCGAGGAUAACGAAAGGGCGUUGAAUUUGCUCCGGUUGAAAACGAAGAAAGGCCCAUGUCGAGAUAUGGAUUUGCGAGCCCUUCUGAUGCAGCAGAGAAUGGAACUGGGUGAGAAGAUACACCGACGCGAUUUUGACAUGAACGAAGAAAAACGAAUGGAAUCGGAUCGAAGCAAGGAGAGAAAGCAACAUCAUCAUAAGAAGAAGAAGAAACCCAAGAAGGCAGCCGAUGCUCCGGAGGGCCAGCUAUCCUCUCCAGAGGAGGGUUAUAUUUCUAUGAAUCAGGCAGAAUGUCCGAGUGAUAUGGACGCUUCGAUUAUGAUCAAAAUCGAAAAGGACAGUAAAGAUUCGGGCGAUGAUUCGGAUUUGAUGGAUGACAUCAGUACCGCUGACACUGGUGAGGGUGGAGCCGGUGGAUCGGAGGCGGAUGAUGCUGAAACGGCCGAGGCGGAUGCUAUGAAGGAAGAGAUGAAUAAGGUACUGGAGAAGAAAAAGCUCAAGGUCAGAAACGAGGAUCCGAAGAUAACCAGAUUGAAGGAGGCGGAUACCGUUAACGAUAUUUAUAACAUCGCCGAUGAAAUCAUCGUACUGGAGAAGAAAAGAAUCAAAAAGGGAAUGGCUUUGAAGUAAAUGUUUGUGAUCCCAUUCGAAUAUUAGUAUUAAUUUCGAUAUUAGAUUCGCGAAACGCGAUUUGAAAUUACUUGUGAUAAAUUGGUAGUUGUUGUUUAAAUUCAUGGAAGUGUUAUAGUAGAUUGUUAAUUUUGACAUAUUUGUUAAAAUUUGGUGUUAUAAUGCACUUCCAAUGCACCUUGUGAUAAUACAUAUAUAAUGAUGUAAACAAAUUUAGUUUCCUCCAGAUUGCAAGAAAUAUAAUGGAACGGUGUCCUAAAAACGACGGUAAAAAAUACAUGCUUGGGUAAAUGACCGUGCGAAUAAUAUUAAAAAAUAAUGUUUAUCGCAUUAUUCCACCACACGUAUCAAAAAACAGAGAAUUUUCUUUUUCGAACCAACCCAGACGGCCUCAAAUCGCAUAUUUAUUUCUCAUACUAAAUUCCCGGUAAAUGUUCUUAUACCCACACUGCAGCAGGUGAAGCCACAUUUUUAUAUAUUCGAUGUAAACAGUAUCCAACAAUGAACAAGAAUUCCUGGAGUGGAAAAUCCCACCAGCCGAGCUACCAACCAGUCGACAGCCACCCGCCCCCGCUGCUUACGAGCAAAUUACUAACAACCAUCCACCAUCCGUCGCCAGCCACAACAUGCUCGAUUUACCUCGUGCUUCUAGUAAAUAGGCUGCGCUAGGCGAGGGAUCGUAUUUUAUGAAUGAAAAUUCACUCCCGCAUCGUAGUAAACCAGGAAGGCAACAGCUGCUGCGUUCGGCAGCAAAGCACGAGGAUGCUCGGCCCCAUCGCCAUCGCCCGAACGGGAAAAGCUGUUGGAUGAGGAGGGUGAAUUUCGCUUGCUGGCAAACCACCCGAGCGGACAGGAUUCACCCUCGGCCAAGGCGAUGAAAAUGAAUGCUGCCGUACUUUUAUAAAAGCGUGCUGCUGGCGUUAGAAUUCGCUCAAACGCGCUCCAACAAGUGGUUCCCGCGGUUCCAAGAUAACGAAUAAUAAUUAAGUCCAUAACCGAGGCUAGGGCUUACCGUUGAGUCAGUAGUGUACGGAAGGUGAUAAAACGUCGCGAGUUUUAAACGAGGGGUACUUUUUGGUUGCAAAAGUGAAGUGAAGUUCAAUAAAAAGUAACAUUCUUUUGAAGUGUCCUGCCAGACGUCAGGAACAGGAAAGGUAUUAUCAACGCACGGAAUCAUCUGGCUAAUGGAAUACGCUUCCACUAACUGUCUCUACUAUGCACCGCACGGCAUCUGAAUAGGCCUCUAGCCGCAAUUCACGACACGACUAACCGGCACGAAUUGGGAUUACGCUAAAGGCAACGACAGCCAAAUUCAACCACCCACCACAGAGAACUGUGGGCGGACUACCAGAUUCGCUACCAUCCGAAUUCCAGCUCGGCGGAACAAGUA